GAAUUUACUGACUGACAAUGGCAAAAAAAAUCUUAGAGAAGUUAGAUAUUCUGGAUGAGCAAGCAAAGACACUCUUGGCCAUAAGAGCAAAGAAAAACUGCCUUCAGAGUGAAGUAAAGAAAAAGAUUUCAGUGAUACCCCUGACAUUUGAUGUUCAGUUGGAAUUUGAAAAGGAUAUUGCUACCUCCACAUCUGACGCAGAAUCAAAGAUCACAAAAGACAGAUCAUAUGGCAUUAAAAAAACAAAAAGAUAUGUCUCCUUCAAAAAUAUGCCUGAACCUAAAAAGAGUGAUUUUGAAAAGUCAAAUUUAAGACCACACUUUGUACCAACAAAAAUAAAAAUUCAAGAAAUCAAGUCAAUAGAGCCAGUAGAAGAAGAUCUAAAAUCAAGAUCUAUUAGAUCUUUUCAUUAUCUUAAGGAUACAACUGAGGCAGAACAUGCUAAGCCCUUCCAUGAACUGUGUUCACAGCAUAGACAACAACAAUGUAGAAGAACAUUGGGUUCUACAAUCUUUUCUCCUGUACCCAGCAUUCAGUCUAAUGCUUAUAAGAAUGAAAAAGACUCUAUUUACAGUACAAAAGAAAAUAAAUCCAUCAGAAAUGAUCAAUUAAAUGAGUAUUCGGUAAGAAAGAAAAGCUUGCUCCCCUUGUGCUUUGAGGAUGAACUGAACAAGUCAAAUGCCAAGAUAAUCGACAUUAGUCCAGCAAAGACAGCAACUUCUUACACGGAACAAAAUGAUACAAAUCCCAUAAUUUUCCAUGAGACUGGAUAUGUACAAAUGUUACUUUUGACAAAAAACAGGCCUCCUCCCCAUUCUAUGGAAAAUGGAAAUGGUUACCCAUAUAAAAGAUCAAAUAUUGUUUUAGAAAGAAAUUGUGAAAUGCUCAAAUCUGUAGCUAGAGGUCAAUCUAUUACUCCUUCCAAACCCAAAAGAACUCUGCCUACAACACAGAAGAAAGCUAUACAAGCAGUAUCUUUUGAAGUAAGCCGUAGAGUUGUAGAUGAUAAACUAAGGAAGAAAACUAGCAAGCAGACAUUUGAAAACAUAUCUUGGAGUAAACUCUAUAACUUUUCACAGACUUUUUCCAGCCUAACAAAAAAAGCUGUGGGUUUCCUUGAUAAAACUGUGAUUCAAGAAAUGAGUGCUAAAACUGGCAAAUUUGAAAAAAUGUUUUCUACAGUAAAACCAAUGAGCAAAUUGAGUGCCUCACCUGUCACAUAUUGCUCAAAGCCUUCAGAAAAUAUACUCAAAGUCCAUAAAAUAAAUAAUGUAACACCAUUGGAUGAUUUGUUAAACUUGUCAAGUAAAACUUAAGCACCUCAUAAAAUAUUGUUUAUACAGCAAAAUUUAGGUAACAAGAAGCAAAUAAAGUUCCAAGAUCACAGAAGAAAUUCUUGUCUAAAUGGUAAUGUUCUAGUGGAUGGUAGAAGAAAACAAAGCAUAGAAAUUGGAAUUACAAACCAACAGUGGUAUACUAUUUUUAGUAAAUAAGAGGACAAAAUUAGGAAAUAAUGAUCAACAAGAGAAACUAGUUCAGGAAUUUCUCUUAUCUCAAUUAGAUCCCUCAAUCAUCAGCAUUCCUAUAGUAAAGUAGAUUCAGGACCAAGAAUGGCACAGACUGACUCUGGAGAUUUGCUGUCGGAAGCCAAAUAAUGUCAAUAACCUUGCUCCAUAAUUGGAUAUCAAACAAGACAAAUAUACCAUUAACUUGA